UUUUCCCCUUCCUUUAGUUUACAAUGGAUUUUGGAUAAACAAGAUCUAUUGAAGGAACGCCAGAAGGACUUGAAAUUUCUGACUGAAGAAGAAUAUUGGAAACUACAGAUAUUUUUUACUAAUGUUAUCCAGGCUUUAGGUGAACAUCUUAAAUUAAGACAACAAGUUAUUGCCACUGCUACAGUCUACUUCAAGAGAUUCUAUGCCAGAUAUUCCCUAAAAAGUAUAGAUCCAGUAUUAAUGGCUCCUACGUGUGUGUUUUUGGCAUCCAAAGUAGAGGAAUUUGGUGUUGUUUCAAAUACAAGGUUGAUUUCUGCUGCUACUUCUGUAUUGAAAACUAGGUUUUCGUAUGCCUUUCCAAAGGAGUUUCCUUAUAGGAUGAACCAUAUACUAGAAUGUGAAUUCUAUCUGUUAGAAUUAAUGGACUGCUGUUUGAUAGUUUAUCAUCCUUAUAGACCUUUGCUCCAAUAUGUGCAAGAUAUGGGCCAAGAAGAUAUGCUGCUACCUCUCGCAUGGAGGAUAGUGAAUGACACAUAUAGAACUGAUCUUUGUCUGCUGUACCCUCCUUUCAUGAUAGCUCUAGCUUGCCUACACGUGGCCUGUGUUGUCCAGCAGAAGGAUGCAAGGCAAUGGUUUGCUGAGCUAUCUGUUGAUAUGGAAAAGAUUUUAGAAAUAAUCAGGGUUAUUCUGAAGCUGUAUGAGCAGUGGAAGAACUUUGAUGAGAGAAAAGAGAUGGCUACUAUUCUUAGUAAAAUGCCUAAACCAAAACCACCUCCAAACAGUGAAGGAGAACAGGGUCCAAAUGGUAGCCAGAACUCUAGUUAUAGCCAAUCUUAAGACAUUCCAAAGAAUUUGUUUAUGGACCACUUUGACUCAAGACACCCUGGGAUCUUUCCUGUGUUCAUGAAAUGGACAGAAGGUUUUAGUAACAUCUUUGACAAAGAACUUGAAGAAUGAAUAGCUUGUUUGUGUCAAGCAUUUUGAAAGCUUUUUCUCUAAAACUGCAUCAUUUUCUCUGACGCUGGAGCAAACGUACUAAGAUUUUUUGGUGUAAGGAAUCAAACUGUUAAACUAAGGUGCAAAACAUUAACACUAUCCACUCAAAACAAAUAGUUCAUUAUUGGUUUUGUUUGCUUUGAGAAAAUUGUAACUUGCCAUUGAAGUGAACUAUUUUUAAAGCAACAGUAACCUGAAGCGUAAGUGUAACUGCAUUAAUGACUUGUGUUGUCUUAAUUUUGUUUGUGAUUGAAGGAUGAUAGUGCACUGUAUGUUAAAUCUGUUCAUUACCUUGAGUUUUGUUGAUUUUUUUUUUUUAAAAAUAAAUACGGAUUCUGUAACAAGGAACACAGCAAUCCUUCAGAAACAAAGCCUAGAAGAGCCUGCAAAGAAUAUCGUUACAGUUUUAAUGAAAGCUGCAGGAAAGAAAUUAAUUUCCUUUUUUGGAUUAGAAAAAUGUUUUACUCAGUAAAUGUACUUGGAUGUUUUUGCCAUGAAGCGUAGUAGCCCAGCUUACCAGAGAAGUGCAAUAUGUAUAGUGAUUCUGCAGUUUUCUUAAACAUUUCAAGUGUUAGGAAUUUAAAAAAUCCAACAUAUUAUUGAUUUUUUUUUUUGCAAGUAAAUGUACUGUAUAGUACAAUCGGAGUAUUUCACAAUCAAGUACAAAUCUGGAUACGAUUGCUAUUUUGUAUGUCGGAUUUUUUUUGUGCAAAAGAUAUACACUGUUAGUCUGCCUUCACUGUUAGUGUGAAUUUGUGUGGUUCAUUAGAGAAUUUAUUUAAGAGGAUCAAGCUUUCAGUGAGCUUCAUACUGGCUAAUUUUAAUUGUGAUGUUAGGAGCAACUCUUUAGAAUAACUGAAAUGGGAUUCCUUGGAUAACUGUGUGCUGGAGAAAAUGAGAUUCCUUCAAACAGAAGGCCAUAUCCUGUGUUCCUUACUCAGGCAGAUAUCCCACUGAAAUCAGGAAUUGGCCUAAAUCUAAUUUCUUGAUUUUUAGAUAGCUUUGUUUCUAAUUAAGUUCUGUACAACUUCAUUUUGAAUGAUAAUGCUGACUAGCCCAAGUAUAAAAAUUGAAUGAUAAAAUAAAGUGCAGUA